CGGAAGUCUCCCUUGGCGGAAGGGGCCGGCUUCUGGGCUCACCUGGCAGAGAAGCGAGCGCGAAGGGGCCGGGGGCGCCAGCCAGCCAGCCAACCCCGCUCGCCCGCCAAGCCCCGCUUCGCCGAACCAGGCCAGGCCUCGGGUCCCGCUCCCCCUCCGCCCAGCCCGCGCGCGGCCCGCCACCCUGGAAGAUGCUGCCUUUGUCCAUAAAGGACGAUGAGUACAAGCCGCCCAGGCUCAACCUGCUCCGAAAGGUCUCGGGCUGGUUCAGGUCGAUCCUGUCAGACAAGACAUCAAGAAAUCUCUUCUUUUUCCUCUGCCUCAACCUCUCCUUUGCCUUUGUGGAGCUGCUGUAUGGCAUCUGGAGCAACAGUUUAGGUCUAAUAUCAGAUUCUUUUCACAUGUUCUUUGACUGCACUGCUCUGUUAGCUGGACUGGCAGCGUCAGUAAUUUCAAAGUGGAGAUCCAAUGAUGCCUUUUCUUAUGGGUAUGUUCGAGCAGAAGUACUAGCUGGCUUUGUCAACGGCCUGUUUCUGAUCUUCACAGCCUUCUUCAUUUUCUCUGAAGGUGUUGAGAGAGCCCUUGAACCUCCUGACGUGCAUCAUGAAAGACUUCUUCCAGUUUCUAUACUCGGCUUCCUUGUAAACCUGAUAGGAAUUUUUGUGUUCCAACACGGAGGACACGGCCAUUCUCAUGGUUCUGGGCAUGAGCAUAGCCAUUCCCUGUUUAACGGGGCUUUAAGCCAUGGGCACAGUCAUGGAGGACACGGGCACAGCCAUGAUUCCAAGCAUGGGCAUUCUCAUGAUCACAGCCAUGGACAUGGGGAUUUGCAGAGUCAAGAUUACUGCCAUGAUAAUCAUCCCAUUGAAUUGGCUGCGGGAUCCAGCAAACAGAUUUUAGAAGGUGUAUUUUUACAUAUUGUUGCCGACACACUUGGAAGUGUUGGUGUAAUCAUAUCUGCCUUACUGAUGCAGAACUAUGGUUUAAUGAUAGCUGAUCCUAUCUGUUCGAUGCUGAUAGCUAUGCUUAUAGGAGUAAGUGUUGUUCCACUUCUGAGAGAGUCCAUUGGCAUUUUGAUGCAGCGAACUCCACCUUCCCUGGAAAGCGGUCUGCCUCAAUGCUAUCAAAGAGUUCAGCAGUUGCAAGGAGUUUACAGUAUACACGACCCUCAUUUUUGGACCCUUUGUACUGAUGUUUACAUAGGGACUUUGAAACUUUUUGUAGCUCCAGAUGCUGACGCAAAGUGGAUUCUAAGCCAGACUCACAACAUUUUUACUCAGGCUGGAGUGAGGCAGCUCUAUGUACAGAUUGACUUUGCCGCUAUGUAGCAAAUAUAUUGACCGUCUCGUUGGACCAAAGCUUUCUAGUACUGUCAUGAUUUAAAAGACACUGUACUUCCUUUGGAACAGAGACCUGCUCCCGUCUUCUCUACGGUUGUCCAAAACUGAACAGACUCUGCUGCCUUGUGGGCUAGAUAAAGAGAGAAAAACCGAAAAACUGCAUGGCCCUGGACUACUCGGGAUUGACUUUCACGAGCUCCAGACCUUUGUGGAUUUACUGGCCAAGUUUGUUCCUGCAGCAAACUUAAUGAUAAUGUGGUAUUGCAAUCAUUGGUUUUGCUUUUUGUGAAGCUGCUGGAAGUUAUUGCUCAUUCCCAGAAAGCCAGUGUUAACUACGGGGAGGGUGGAUAGAAAAUAAUUUUUUAUUAUUUUUCUUUAAAUGUCACAGCGGUUGACAUUCUACGACGCGUAAGACUGUUUGUACUUUGCAAACUUAACGAACCAAACCAUAUUGGGUUUUCAGAGUGCCUUUUCCAUCAAAGUAUCUGCCAGCACAGAUAUUGAACAUCGGGGAUUUUUAUUAAUUUUUAUGGCUACUACUUGUACCCAAUAGGAGUCUUGCUUGUGAUUGGUGUGAUUUAUGUGUAAUUGCAUAAUGGUAGAUAUUAGACUCCCUCUUACUGUUACAUUUUUAAACUUCCAAGGAGGUGAUUCUUCAAUUUUACAAUACAAAGAUAAAAUGAUUACGCAGUUUGUUUACAAAAUGUUUGACCACCAUGAUGUAAAUCUAGGCCGAUAGCACCUUCGCAUUCUUAACGGUAAUUAGAAAAUAACGAAGCACUCAAAACAAAGGAUGCAUUGCCUCUUUGGUUGACUGAUGCUGGAGGCUUUGACUGGCAGAUUUACUUUAACUGCAGAAUGAAGUCAACAGAUGAUCUGAACUUUUGCUUCACAGUCCAUGUUCAGAAUAAAUUCACAAGCUCUUCAGUCACGAGAUCUUACAGAUAUUAAGCCAGGCUAUUGUUCCAGAAAUCCACUAGUUGAACUCGUAUAUGCAAUAAAGCCCAUGCAUUAUGUAUACAUUAUCAUGGAAUAUAAUUUGGUGUGUUGAAUCUGACUGCAUAUUUUGAAAGGGGUUUUUUGCAUUGGACUUGAAAAUGAGCCAUAGGUUCUUCAGCACUUAAUACCUUCAGAAGGCGAGUCUUCUGAGUGAACUGUGUGGUUCAGCUAAAUAUUGCUUCACAGCCAUCAUUUUUCAUUUUCUGUCUUAACUAAGGUUCUUUUUAAACUUCACCUUGGGCAGUAUAUUUCCUGGGUUUGUCCUGCAAUGCUAGUGUAAUGUAUAAAGGCUUGCAAGGCAACUGUCAGAGCGCUUCAUGACAGAACAACAAAAAUCUCAUAAAUGCACCUCUUGUUUCCAACGUUGAAGCUGAAGUUGGUCGGAAUUGGAAUGCAUGGUAGGGAGCAAGUCCCUUUUUACUAAUCAACAAAGAUAAAUGAAUGAAAAUCACCUGAUUUCCCCCUCCCUCAAAAGGCCAUUUGCUUGAACAGUUGUGUGUCAAGACAAGUUUGUUUAGAAAAACAAAACUUUGCUGCUAACCUUUGGUUAGAUGCCCCCCCCCCCCGGGCAACCACCCACAGUUGGCUUAGCUUUAGCUGGAGGGAGAUUUAUUCAUGGCUUUUAAUGAAGUUAGGCAUCAGAAAUGCCUAAAACGGAAUUGUAUUGGUACAUUAGUUUCUGUUCAAAAAAGACUGUAAUGUGGAACUUCUGGUUUUUAUGGGAAUAAUCUUUUAAAAUGUAUCUCUUAACUCGGCGUGUGUAUUCCAUUGCUUGCCGAUUUUAUAUUUAUUUUGCUUGCUAUUAAUUUAGAAAUGCAAGUAUCUUAAUUCAAGGUCUGGAGAUGAAUCGUGGCCCAAUACACUUCUUCAGUAAUUCCUUUCCACGAGACACAUCAGGACUGCUUCACACAUGAAGAUUCCCAUAUAAUGUGAGAAGUGCACUAUGAGUAACCUGCAUAACACUGUAGAAAAUGCAUGUGCCCUUUUUUCACACGCUAUAGCAAAUUCCAUUUUUUCCCCUUUCAGAGAUACGGUGUACCUCUGUAGAUUAAUGUGAAGUGCCAUUGGCUCUGAACCCAUUUCAGUAAAAUGGCUUUUAAUUAAAGGUAAGAAAGAACCCCCAUUUUUUUCCGUCCGUAUUUCAGAACUUUGCUUGUGUCUUCUGUUGAGCACACACCAAAUCAUUGGUUGCGGCUGAACCCGAGCACCUAGAAAUUGCUUAACCUUUGAGUUGGUGUUAAUUUGCUUAAGGCCUUUCCCCAAGGAAGUAGUCCUCUUUAUUCUAACUUCUCUCGCCCAAAUGACAAGUACUGAGCCUUGUUAAAUCAUACUUUGCCAAACACAUGGCUUUGGAAUUUGCUUUUACCUAACUUUGGCAGCAGAGGUUAAAUUAAUGCUUAGGUUUUACACAACUGCCAAAAGUGAGAUUCUAGUGCAAUAGGGGUGCUUACCCAAUAAACAAAUGUCCAUGUUUCUCUCCAACGAUAAUGUAAGGUCUUCAGUUUAGGGGAGGAUGUUUAUUUUAGUGGGAACUUGUUGUCAACCGAGCCCUUAAGUUGUAUGAAGUGAAGAAAAAGUGUCCUUUAUACUUUUAGGCUUGGAUGUCGGCACACUAUGCAGUCAUAGGAUCGGUCUAAUUUUUGAGUAACGUUUUGUACAACAUUAAACCACUGCAUAGGGCAGAUGUUGGUACAGAUGGUAGCCAACUGCCUCGGUGGUGUUCUUACUCCCGAAAGCUUUUGCAGGAUAAAGGUCACUUCUAAAAAGGAAAGCUUCCAAUUACAUUAAGAUUUUACCAGGUGAAUUACACUGGAAUCGUAGUGAGGAAAUGGAGAUUGGCAGUUGGUUAUGCCAGUGCAAAUAAAAGGAGCAAUUAUGUUUUUGAGGGGGGGGGGAUUUCUUUCAAAUAUGGCAGUUCAGCUCAAGUUCUUAAACUUGGCUAACCUGGGUUCCAUUUUCUACAUUGCUGUCGCAUUGAUUCUUGCUGCCGAAAGUAUUUUUUGUAUUCCUGCAACAUUUUUUGUUUGUGUGCCCCUUCUAAGUGCCGUUUCCUACCCUGACCUGAUCUUCAGUCUUCUGAUAAUUGCUUUAUACCCUCCAAGAAAUGUGUCUCAUUGACUGAUUAAAUGCUGCCACCAAGCCUCGUGAAAAUGCACAGGCCCACGCCAAGCAUUUGGUUGGAAUGGAAAAUGCCACUAAGGAUAUGGAAUAUUUUACUUAUUUUUCACAGUCCCAUUACCUGAAUAGAUCUAAUUUUGGCCUGAGAUCAAUUUUCUGUGGGAAAUGUUUAACAGAAGCAGUGCUUAAUCCCAGAGGUGUACCAUAAAAAAAAUGAUGGGCAUAGCGAUCUUAUUGCCAAAAUUGUAACUAGCACUUUCAGAUUUGAUAGAAUGCGAAAACAGUGCUGAAACCCCGUUUCCUAACUUGCACAUAAAGUGGGACUUUGGUGUCAGUCAGCCUGUUGUAUUUCUCAAUGCAUGAUGCACCGGUGCAAUUGAAGGACUUCACUGUUUCAGUGAAUUCAAACAGAUAAUUGAUGACUGUGUAUACUGUAAUUGGUUUGGGAAUGCUAAAGCGAGUAGCCAGUCUGACUUGCCGUAAGUGCAAUACUGGACAUUCUAAUGCAUACUUUUUCUACUUGAAUACAGUCUCUGGAAUAUUUAAACAGCUAAUAUGUUUGAGACAAUAUUUGGGAUCAAUUUUCCUAUCAAUAAACUUUUUUCCCUUUUGCAAACA